AACGGGUAAAAUCAUGAGAAAGGAGGAGGCGCGUCCGCGAUCUGAUCAAGACCCCGUAAAGCGCGCUACCGCAGAGAGGAAAGAGAAGGAUGAGCAGCACGAAUGAGCGAUAUCCCUUAAACGUCUUUAAAAAGAAAGAUGAAGAUUAUCCUCUGUACUUUCCUGCUGUGCAUUACAGAGACAGACUGCAGUGGGACAGCAGCACUGGACUCUUCUCCCUCUCUGGACUGAAGAUGGAGGACAUUGGAGAGUAUGAAGUACGGAAUAUAGACCAGAACAUAAUAACCGUCUUCCAGCUGAAUGUGUACAAGGACAACGUUCCUGUAUCAAAACCCCAUGUCAAUGUCACUCGUAAUGAAUACCGCUGCACUCUGCUGUGCACUGUGGACAAAGGGACAAGAGCGACCCUGUCCUGGUACAGAGAGGGUGAGAAGGAGAGCUACGGCAGCUCCCCUGUGGAAAGUGCUCCACAUCUGCAUCUGCUUUUGCCUGUGGAGAGGAGCGGUACAUACACCUGUGAGGCAAAGAACUCAGUCAGUAAUGAGACGGCCUCAAUCACUGUGGGGGCCCACUGCACAGAAACCUCCAUGAUGAGGCGGCCUCCAUGCUCUGUACUGAAAUAAAGGACCAGGUCUCUCCUGUGAGAGAUUCUUCACCUCUGUGGUUAAAUAAUGUUUCAGUUAUAUUCAGUAUCAGGACAGAUCCGUCGGUACGGGUGUUUUUCUUUCAUUACUCCUCUCCCUCAGAAGCUUGCGCUGAACUCACCAUUUGAUAUGGACCCAACACACCAUUACUGAGGAAGAGGCUGUUUUAAUAGUCAUGUGACCUUUCUAUUCUCAGUUUACAGUGGCUUUUGCUCUGAGACUGGCUCAUCUUGGCCUCUUACUUACUCUGCUGAUUCUGUAGAAGUGUUAUGUGUCUACCAUCAAUCAACAAUGUGUACGCUGCUAUGUGGCCAUAUUCCUGCAUUGUGAUUGGCUGUCCAUGUUGUUUGUCUUUGAGCAGGCCUAUUCCUGCAGAGUGAUUGGCUGUCCAUGUUAUGUGGCAGAAAUGACUGUAAAAACUCAAUGCAAUUUGCUGCCUAAUGUUUUUGAAUAGAAGCAGUGAAAUAUUUUGUAGAGUGCAGGUGUGUCUGUGCUGCAGGUACCGUACCAUAGGCUGUAGGUGUGUCUGUGGGCGCAGUAGUAUUUCUAUAUAUAUAUAUGUAUUUCUGUUUCUAUAUUACAUCUCACCAACUCUCUCUCCAGCUGUCUUUCAGAUCCACACUCAACAUGUGUCUACCAGUGUCAACCUGAUUAUUUCAUCUGAUAUAUUUUUAUUGUAUUACGUUAAUGGUAGAAAGGGCCAUAGUUUUGGGACCCCCAAUGGAGACUGUCAGCAUUUAAAUAUUUUCUGCACAGCUAA